GGCAGGCCAGGCGCUUGUCAGACAGACACAGACACAGGCAGACAGCUCAGAAAUCGAAUCUUUUAGUGAAAUUUCCUGAAACACACCAGCAGCGACAAAUUACGAAAGGAUGCCUCAAUCCACUCUUUAUGUUGUCCUCAUAAUAAUUAUACUGACUCCCAACGUUUUAGCAACCAUUAAUUACGAAAUAUUUUCAGAUUCCAACUAUCCUGGCAAGUGCGUAAUCAACACAGAACAUGACCAGAAAAUAAUCGGAGAUGGCGAUGUUAUUCCUCAUCCCGCAAAGUGCGGUCGAAUCGAAUGCGGGAGAGAUGGCUGGGCAUUGGUCUAUACGUGCUCAGAGGAUAAGAUAGUGCCAAGCGGCUGCGAAUAUAAAUCCGUAGACACUGGACUUUAUUAUCCCGCUUGCUGCCGGGCGCCUCUAGUUUGUAAUGAAAUUUAAAAAAAAAUCCUAAAAAUAUUUUUGAAAUUUAAAA